UACGAAUAUUCGGAGCCCAACUCAUCUCCCUCUCUCUCUUCACGCAUUUUAUGUUCUCGAAAGUAGAGUUUUCUUCUUUUAUAAAAACUCGACUUCUUUUAUAAAAACUCUGAGAAAAUCCAAGAGAGUUUAGGGUUUAGUAAGAAAUGAGUCUCUCGAGAGCAAAACGUGUUACCGAUCCACUAGCUGAGGAGGCUAGGGCUCGUCUCGUUGGAUGCAGUUUCAGCAGCGGCAGCGAACACACCGGCGACGAAGAGUACGACGAUGAUUCCCCUUGUCUCUCCGAACUGGUCCAAGGGUUCUUGGAAGAUGAAGUCAAUAACACCGCUCGUGACGAGUCACGCUGGUGUGAUAAUGACUCUGAUGAAUCAGACUCAUCAGCUUCUGACUCGGAAUCGGAACGUGCCGACCUACCAGACUAUGCCAACGAUAUUGCUAACAUAUUAAGAAACUCUCUAAGAGAAGACAACUACGGAAGAAUGGUGUUGUUCCACGUGGCCAAAGCGAUGGAAAUGCUGUCGCCUUCUUUUCUAGGAUCUGAUCAAGAACAGCGUGCCGUUUUGCGACGUAAGCUCAUGUCUCUUCUUAGAGAGCUAGGACACAAUGCGGCGAUCUGCAAAACCAAAUGGAAAUCCUCCGUCGGAGGUCUUACUGCCGGUAACCACGAGUUUAUCGACGUGGUUUACUCACCCGCCGCCACGUCAUCUCAGACCGUACGUUACAUCGUCGAUACAGAUUUCAAGUCGCAGUUCAUGAUCGCUAGACCGACGGCACAGUACGCGCGUGUUCUCCAAUCACUUCCAGCGAUUUUUGUCGGGCGAGGGGAUGAUCUGAAGCGGAUAUUGCGGCUAGUUUGCGAUGCGGCGAGGAUAUCGCUUAGGAGCCGUGGCCUCACGCUUCCGCCGUGGAGGAAAAACCGUUACAUGCAGACGCGGUGGCUUGGUUCAUACAAACGCACCACCAACUUGAUGCCGUCUUCUCCCGCCGUUAACACUGUCAUGUGUCGUGCUAUCGGUUUCGAUAACGCCGUCGGUGGCCGUCUUUUUGUGCGGACUCGAUAAAAUUUAAAUGAUAAAAAGCCACGUGUCAAUUUAUAAAUCGAGAUUUUCCGAGAGAAUGAAUAAUAAUUCAUUAAUUUAGAA